AUGGCUACUGUGAGAAUAUGCGUCUGCGGUGACGAGGGCUGUGGUAAGUCCAGCCUUAUCACUUCUCUCGUGAAAGAUACCUUUGUGAGCACCAGGAUUCAAGCUGUUCUGCCUCAAAUCACCAUCCCACCGACACUAGGAACUCCCGAAAAUGUUACCACCGUGAUUGUCGAUACCUCUGCCCUCCCACAAGAUCGUGCGACCCUAGCCAAAGAGCUGAGAAAGUCCAAUGUCAUCCUUCUCGUCUAUUCAGAUCACUACAGCUAUGAACGGGUCGCUCUGUUCUGGCUGCCGUACUUUCGUUCUCUGGGCGUCAAUCUGCCUGUUAUCCUUUGCGCAAAUAAGUCCGACCUGAUCACAACGUCUACUUCCGCUCAGAUAGUCGAGGAGGAAAUGUUGCCCGUCAUGUCCGAGUUCAAAGAGAUUGAUUCAUGUAUACGAACUAGCGCCCGUGAGCACUACAAUGUCAAUGAAGCAUUCUUUCUCUGCCAGAAAGCUGUCACUCAUCCAAUCGCUCCCCUGUUUGAUGCAAAAGAAUCGGUUCUCAAACCCGCCGCUGUAGCCGCAUUGCUCCGCAUCUUCUACCUCUGCGACAAGGACAAGGAUGGUCUCCUGAAUGACAAAGAGAUGGAAGAUUUUCAGGUCAAAUGCUUUGACAAGGGGUUGAGCUCUGAAGAUCUGCAGCAUAUCAAGGAAACCAUCGACAACCAUAUCCCGGGAGCCGCCUCCGCAAAAGGCAUCAACUCUCAGGGCUUCCUUCUCCUAAACAAACUUUACGCCGAAAAGGGUCGUCAUGAGACGAUAUGGGUCAUACUGCGGACAUUUCAAUACACCGAUAGCCUGUCUCUACAGGAAUCGUUCUUACAUCCCAAGUUCGAAGUGCCCGAGUAUGCUUCCGCUGAGCUGUCCCCGGCUGGUUAUCGCUUCUUGGUCGAUCUGUUCCUUACUUCCGACCGAGACAACGAUGGUGGCCUGAAAGAUGAAGAGCUGGCAUCUUUGUUUGCCCCAACGCCCGGAAUUCCGCAGCUAUGGGUCGACAACAACUUCCCUUCUUGUACCACGAGAAAUGAUGCGGGGCAUGUCACUCUGCAAGGUUGGCUUGCACAGUGGUCCAUGACCACCUUUACGUCUCCAAAGACCACGCUGGAAUACCUCGCAUAUCUGGGUUUUGAAUCUACGGAUCGUUCAAAUUCCAGCACAACUGCUGCUUUGAAGUUGACGAAACCCCGCAAGCGAAGGCGGAAACCAGGCCGAGUAGGCCGGAAUGUCAUUCUUGCUCAUGUCCUGGGUGCUCCUCAGUCUGGCAAGUCUUCCUUACUGGACGCAUUCUUGGCUCAACCGUUCAACAAUCUUUAUAAUCCCACUAUCCAGCCUCGGGUGGCAGUCAAUACUGUGGAACUACCCGGCGGAAGACAAUGUUACCUCAUAUUGAAGGAGUUGGGAGAAUCCGAGGCCGCUGUACUGGAGAACAAGAGCAAACUUCUCGAUCAGUGCGACGUAAUUGUCUACACUUACGAUUCAUCGGACCCAGACUCAUUCGCUUACAUCCCCAACAUCCGGAAAACGUAUCCCCACCUAGAAGAUCUGCCGUCGGUGUAUGUCGCUCUGAAGGCUGACCUUGAUCGAACCACUCAAAGAGCUGAAAACCAGCCCGAUGAGUAUGUUGCUCAAAUCCAGCGCAUGCCACAAGGACCUCCCAUGUCCACCAGUGUCACUUGGCCUUCAAUUCAGGAAUUGUUCGUGGUAAUUUCCGAAGCCGGCUUAGAGCCAGUCACAGCAUACCCGCGCCCACUUCAAGAGGAUGAUGAUGGGCAGUUGAUGAGAUAUGGGCUAGCACUGGGGGUGGUGGUUUGCGCGGCCGCAGCGGCGGUGGUGAUAUGGAGACGCUCAGCCACUCCAGGAGGUUGA